AUAUAGUUUAAACUCAAACCAAACAAAUAGAUUUUUUUUUUAAUACGCUGAAGCUAAAUUUGCUGGCUUUUAUUUGCCUGUUGAAGUAAUUCUCAGUUAAAAUUUUAAUGAUUUAAGUAGUAUCUAUUUUUUUCCCCCGCUUUUAGUUGCAACUUCAGAUUUAGAAGUCAGAGAUCAACGUCGCCGAUAACCAAGAUGAAUUUGGGGUUAAGAAAAACGAUUCAGAAGGCUUCGAGUCCCAUUGCAUCUACAGGAGCUGCCCCUCAUUCUAAUUCUACUCCACUCAAGGAGAGAAGUUUAGCUGUGUCCCCUGCAACUGUAGAAGUUGUUUCAGUUAUAGAUGAAAGAAAAAAUGUGGCUGUAUUUGAAAUUGAAGAGUGCAAAAAUACUGAAAGUAUGCUGAUCAUAUAUAAAACUUUAAAACAGCAAAUAGUGAACAAUGAAGCAAAGUUAAGAAAACUGAAAUCAAUUGAGAAUCACUAUUCAAAGUGUAAGCCUGAUGUCCUGGAUCAGUUGACUCAACGCUGGAGAAUUGCCUGUCAAGAAGCUUUAAGAGACUUACAUAGCAAAAUGCCUGAACCUAAGCAAGAUUUCAACAUAAUGAUGCGGCAGUUGCAAAUUGAAAAUGAAUUAGUGAAAUAUGAUGAAGAAAAUGAUGUUUUCUAUGGGAAUCCAUAAAUUUUGUUCUCGUCUCUUGAAGUUUUUAAGUGUAUUAAUUUUAAUAUGCCAACUCAAGUGCUUUACAAAAUGCUUUUUCUUUUCUCUAUUGUUUAUACUUCCAAACACAAAUAGUUUUUCUCCUAUAAAAAUAUAAUUUUAUUUCUUUUUUUCACUCCAAAACAAAAACCCAUUACAAUGAGAUUGGAAAGAAAUAUUAAAACAUGUGUGUUUAAUGAGGAGUUAAAAAAUGGUUAGCUUUUUUUAUUUUCCAAAAAAGUAAUAAAUUAUU